GUCAUCAAGAUGUUGUUCAUCGUGGUCGCCGUUUUCACCAUCUGCUGGUUACCUCUCCAAACGUACAAUAUCCUACAAGAGAUAUACCCAAAAAUCAAUACGUACAAAUAUAUUAACGUCAUCUGGUUCUGCUGUCACUGGCUGGCAAUGAGCAACUCAUGCUAUAAUCCAUUCGUAUACGCCAUCUACAAUGAGAGAUUCAACACAGAGUUCAGGAGUCGCUUCGCUUGUUGUACGAGGUCAUUUCGAAGACAACAGCAGGAGCAGAAGGACCUCGACCACUCUCUGUCCUCCAGAUAUGGGUGACAAUGAGAUGAGUUUCAUUCCGAGGUCGUAACAAAUACAUAUUUUCGUGUGUGUACAAACAACACACGAAACUCUCUUGUCAAAAACAAGAAUGUUAAAGAAUUUAUUACGAAAAUCAGACGUCUAUUUGACUCAACGUUGAAGGAAGUAUGUUAAAAUGAGAUGUUCAUAUUAAUGUCGUAAUUUCACUUGAUGUCGUUUGUCUUUGUGUAUUAUUUAUUUAAAGAAAAUAUUAUUAUCUUACA